AUGGGUAUCGGCGCGUUCGGGGCCGUUGUCUGCGCGCAAGAUACGAUAUCCGGGGAACAUGUAGCUGUAAAGCAGAUUAAUAGGGUCUAUGAAAAACCUGAUUUGGCAAAACGAGUUACCGGCCUAAUUGACUUAGACUCUCUUUCAAAGCUUUCUAAUGAGAUCUCAUUCUUUUUAGGUUUAGCUCGUGGUUACGAAAAGUAUUUCGAGGACGGUGAAGAGAAGGUCACUCACAUGACAGAAUACGUUGCCACCCGCUGGUAUCGUGCCCCGGAGAUCAUGCUCGGCUUCGAAAACUAUGACGAAGCGACACUCGACCUCAUGUACCAAAUGAUACGCUAUAAACCAGAAGCUCGUAUUACCGCAGCUAAAGCAUUAGAGCAUCCCUGGCUGGCAGCUUUUUACGAUCCGGAGGAGGAAGAAUGGGGUACUAAACCACAAUUAUUUACCAGGUGGAGAGAGAUCGAGUCGUUGAAUACCGUCGAAGAAUUUCGAGAAGCAAUCUGGGAAGAAAUCCAGGAAUAUCGUACGCAAGCCCGUUCGUUGGCAGAACAUUCGAUGUCUCCAGUUGCAUCUCUGAGACCGCCUGUCCCCACUGUGCGAGAACCGAUACCUGAAGAACCCGAACCCGAUGAAUUGACCGAAUCAAACGAACCUCCCCUCACUCCGGAACCUCCAAAGAUGGCACUAGACCGUCGACUAAAU